AUGGCUGGCCGUGCUAUUGACUACCACGAAAGCUUCCAGAUAUGGGCGACAAAGUGGCAUGUGGGAAAUGACGACAAGCGAUGUCUGCCCCGCGAAGAUGACUCGGAAAUAAUCAAAGAGUAUGAUAGCGCUAGCCUCGUUGCUUUGAGAAGGCUUGAACGAAAGACUUUGCCUCUCGCCCAUUACAUGGAAAUUCAAGAGUGCAUGCCGAAUGGAUGGGCAUCACGAUUGCAGAUCUGUACAAAGUUCACCAGUUUCGGCACUUACCUCCGCGUCCCCGUUGAGACGGUCUAUCUAGCGGUCAACUGCCUUGACCGAUUUCUCUCGGUUAGAGUUGUGUCAGAUGGGCACCUCGACGUAAUUGGAGCGAUCAUUUUCGCCAUUGCGGUCGAAUUCGAAAGAUCCAGUAGCAACAAGCACGUCAAGCUCUCUGGGUACAAGAUGGUGGAGCUGAGACCACUUAUGGCUGCGCUGUGGAACACCAGCCAACAGGAACAAAGCACCGCACCUAUCAAAGCUAUGAGGAUUGGCCAGUUUCAAGAAGCCGCUAGGGUCGUGGACCUUACCUUGAACAGCGUUUAUCUUUUUCUGCCACGAUGUUCCCGCCCGUGGGAUUAUGAGGGCCUGUACAUUCCCUCCUGGGAUGAUUCAACAGACAGCUCGCUAGAGAACAUCUCGAGCUCGUCAGAAUUCAGCUCACAAGGCGGAUGGGAAGAGGAGACAUAA